CAAACUCAUUUAAUCCCAGUUCGGUGCGCGGUGUAUGGCUGCUGGACUCCUCUCUCUGUGUGUCUCUCGCCAGCUCCUCCUCUCCUGAUUCCUCCAGGGCAAGAGGAGGGAAACCACAGAGAACAAAUUACUGUGCAACUUCUCUCUGGCUCUGGGGGCUUUUUUUUCUCCCCCUCCUCUCUAUUUUCUUCUCCUCGCUCCCUCUCCCUCUUUUUUACUUAUCGUUUAAUUACUUUUUUCGGUGGCUUUUCCUCUCUCUUCUCCUCUGUUCACCUGGGAGCAGCGGACGCAAAUCACACACAAGCUCUCUAGAAGUUAGCAAAGAACAACAACAACAAAAUAGCUCUGUUAAGAAUAAGGGGGAGAGAGGGAGAGAGAGGAGGGGUGUGCGUGUGUGCCGGAGAGAAAGAAGGACAUUUCUGAGUGCUCUGCACACUCCUCCUCCUUGCAAAGUGAAGCAGCAAGUUUGCCUUGCACCUGUUUGAGCAGCUUGAAUCCAGAUCGCCAGCAAGCCCUGAAAGUGGUUUUCAAAGGAGAAAGUUUUUUUGCCUAAGGUGUUGCCGGUUGUGCUCUUUUUUUUCUUUUCUUUUUUUUUUUUUUUUUUUGUCUUUUCUCGUCCCUUCCUUCUUGGCUCUCUAUGUUUGAUAUUUUUAUGCUUGGUGCCGGUGGAAAAUAAAAAGCUACUUGAAUGUACAGCAUGAUGAUGGAAACGGACUUGCACUCCCCCGGUGGAGCCCAGGGCCCCACUAACCUAACGGGCCAGACCGGAGCCGGAGGCGGCGGCGGCGGUGGGAACAAAGCGAACCAAGACCGGGUCAAGAGACCCAUGAACGCCUUCAUGGUGUGGUCCCGGGGCCAGCGCCGGAAGAUGGCCCAGGAGAACCCCAAAAUGCACAACUCGGAGAUCAGCAAACGCCUGGGGGCCGAGUGGAAAGUCAUGUCCGAGGCCGAGAAAAGACCCUUCAUCGACGAAGCGAAGCGGCUUCGGGCGCUGCACAUGAAGGAGCAUCCGGAUUAUAAAUACCGGCCCCGCAGGAAGACCAAGACCCUGCUCAAGAAGGACAAGUACUCGCUGGCCGGGGGGCUGCUCAGCGCCGGCUCGGCAGGGGGAGGCCCCGCCGGGGUCGGGGUGGGCAUGGGGGUCGGGGUGAGCCCCGCCGGGGUCGGCCAGCGGCUGGAGAGCCCCGGCGGCACGGCCAGCGGAGGGUACGCGCACAUGAACGGCUGGGCCAACGGCGCCUACCCGGGCUCGGUGGCGGCGGCGGCGGCGGCGGCCGCGAUGAUGCAGGAGGCGCAGCUCGCCUACGGGCAGCACCCGGGCAGCGGCGGGCACCCGCACCACCCGCACCCGCACCACCCGCACCCGCACAACCCGCAGCCCAUGCACCGCUACGACAUGAGCGCGCUGCAGUACAGCCCCAUCUCCAACUCGCAGGGCUACAUGAGCGCCUCGCCCUCGGGCUACGGGGCCAUCUCCUACGGCGCCCAGCCCCACCAGAACUCGGCCGCGGCGGCCGCGGCGGCCGCGGCCGCGGCGGCGGCUUCCUCCGGAGCUCUGGGCGCCUUGGGCUCGCUGGUCAAGUCGGAGCCCAGCGUGAGCCCGCCCGUCACCGCGCACUCACGGGCCCCGUGCCCCGGGGACCUGCGGGAGAUGAUCAGUAUGUACUUACCGGCCGGAGAAGGAGGGGACCCGGCCGCGGCGCAGAGCCGGCUGCACUCCCUGCCCCAGCAUUACCAGAGCGCCAGCACGGGGGUCAAUGGCACGGUCCCCUUGACACAUAUCUGAGCCGGGCGGGAAGGAGAGGGACAGAAACUUGCAUUGAACCCGGCUGAACGGUACCUCUGUCUGCCUGGCCGCCGCCACCUCUCCCCUUCCCAGCGCACACACCCCGCCGGCUCCCUUUUUGUACAGAAAAUGUUUGGAUGUUCUUGUAAUAAUAAUAAUAAAUAAUAAUAAUUAAUAAUUAAUAAUGAGGAAAAAAGGUAACGAUUGCUCUCAUUACCUUUUUUUUUUUUUUUAGGACUAGUUUCUAAAACUAGUUUUUGCGUUUUAGACUGAACUUCUGUGUUUUAUUGAGACUUUUUGUACAGUAUUUAUCAUUCACCCACGAGGCAUAGAGCGUUUUAUUUGCUAAAGAGAAAAAAAAUCACAAAAGGACAAAAAAAAAUAAGAAUAAUCACACAAAGAUCUAGGCGAUGCCAACUUUUAUACCGCAGAAGCGUUACCCGCUUCUUCCUUGGAUCGCUUCUUGUGCAGGCUUUUUAGUGCCUAAUUAAGACAAAGUUGAUGGGGAAGCAGUUCUCAUUUAUUACACGUACUAAGACAAAUCCAAAACCACACGUAAAAGUUUUUGUAGAUGUUAUUGCGGGGGAGGGGGGGUUAUUUGUUUGUUUAUUUAUAAAACUUUUUUUCCCGACUGCAACAUUAUUCUUGGUUUUGUAAAACUUUAUUGUACCUUUAUUUUUAUUUUUUGUUUGGUUUGGUUUUGUAUGAUUUCUUGUAAAUGCAUUGUGAAUUAAUUUUUAUUUUAGGCGUUACGAGGGAAUUGUGUAUAUAGUUUACUAAAAAGCCUUUCUGCUAAAGAAAAAUCCUAAGGAUGCGUUCGUUGAAUACUGAGUUAAAUAAAUUUCAAAGUGGAAAAAGUCACCUGUUUUUUUUUUUUCAAUAAACCCGAAAGGUAGUAAUUUUAUACGCAUGGUAUGCCUUAAAAUAUAACCGGUAAACCUAGAAAUUGGAAAGGAAUUUUAAAAAUAUGA